CUUGUUUUCUUCGUUUUCUACACACGCAUACUGUAAAUUAUUCGUCUGUCGUCCGUCGUCGGAUGGAGUCGGUUCCGUGAUUUUAGUUCUUUUUAUCGGGAUUUCAAGUUUUAUCUGUAGUUUGGAUUUGAAAGAUUUUAUUCUAGAAACCUGCUGUAUAGUUCCGUAGUGCCCAAGUGUAGUGUAUCGCAGAAACGCCAGUGCCAUUCCGGUAUCAAUCUGUCUCCUGCCCCACCGCAAAGGUGCAAUCGUGAACUGAGGUUGUUCUGCUUGUGUGGGGACAAACUACCGUGCGAAGAUGACGAACCAGAAGAAAAUGGAAGGCUUGCGAGCGGAACACCGAGCUAUCUGUGAGCAGCUAAACAUAGAUGCCCAAACGGAGGAACGGUCCUGGAACUAUUUCCUUGAUGUUUCCAAAACGUACAAUCUAGAUGGCGACCAGCUUCAUUGGAUGUGCUGUUCUCUCUAUGUCACGUGUCGACAGGCCGUUACCCCCACCGUAGGUAACACAAAUUCCUUGCUGCAAGGGAAUUGUAUUUCGUUGACGAGACUUCUCCGAUUGUGCAACAUAAACUUAUACGAGUUCUUCAGCAAAAUCAAUCAAUGGAUAGGGAUGGCAUCUUUACCGGAAAAAUAUCGCGAUGCUGUUGGUCACCUGGAGCAUAGCUUCGCUGUAUCGAUGUCUAUCCAUGGCAAGUUCCGCGAGGUGUAUGCCAACAUGUUUCUGCCUCCAAACGCGGAUGAGCAAAAGCGUAGCAAAAAAUCAAAACCCCAACCGUGUAGUUCCUAUCAGCUGUACGAGUUCUGCUGGACACUAUUCAUCUGCGCUAAGGCGGAAUAUCCAGAGCAAAGUGUAGACCUGGUCACGUCCUACAACAUGCUGCUGUGUUGCUUGAAUCUUGUCUACGCCAAUGCGAUAGCCGAUGGCAGAAGGGAUUUAGUAAAUCCUAAAUUCCAAGGAUUGCCGGAUGGCUUUUUCAGCAAAUCAGCCGUCACUGAGGAACCGGUUUGCAUAGUGGAUGCAAUAUGUGAGGAAGGUUCCGCGCCGGAUGUUAUGCACACAAUGAACACCUGUUGGAAGGAUCUUAUUGAACAGUUAUUCCAGAGAAAAGUUUUGCGAGGCGAUCCAAACAGUUUCAUGAACCUCAUCUCGUUGACUAGCUUCGACGAAAACAUGAAAUCCCUCAACAAUCGCUACGACACGUUUAUUCUCAGUUGUGGCGAAAUCGAUGAACGGAUCGUUCUGACACAUCCCAUAGUAGAGAACACACUCGAUUCACGUGUCAAAUACGAACCUUCGGUGUCCUCAACAUCGUCCGUGAAAAUUCCCUUGUGCCAACAAACACCGCUUAGUGGUCGUAGUCGCAUCAGUAGUAAUGAGUCCAAUCAGUUCACACCAAUAUCUACCGCAAAUGCCUCGGUUACCAAACUGCGCUCAAAACUGAUGGGCUACGAGGGCGAGCCACAAAGCUCUCUGAGAGAGCUGUUUAAUAGCUGUACACCGGACCCCACUGCUAUAGUGAAGACUAGAAUUGCAGCGGAAAGGGAGAAUUUUUUCGCCAAAAUGCGAGGACAAAAUUGGAGUCAGACCUCUAUGGUAGCAAAGUUUCACAUGAUUGAAGCAUUGUACUACAAACUACUUGAGAAUAUUAUACGUGCAGAGUUGAAACGUCGCCCCAGCAGCGCUGUGAAGGCUUUUUGCAACGAAGACAUGGUUAACAAGACGCUUCUGGUGUGCUGUGCCGAAAUUGUCAUCUAUGCUCACAAUUUGCAGCAAAACUUCCCAUGGAUUUUGAAUGUUUUCGACAUGUCGCCCUCUUACUUCUACCGGAUCAUCGAGGUGGUGAUUUUGAAUCACAACGACUUGCUGUCGAGAGAUGUUAUAAAACAUUUGAAUAGUAUCGAGGAACAAUGCCUGGGAUCGUUCUGCUGGGCACGAUCGUCUCCACUAUGGACGAAAAUGGAAGCCAUCAGCUACAAAGUUCCCACCAGCCAGGAUGUGGAAUCGUCGACGGACUUGUCCGGUAUUACACCCCACAAACCUGGCGACGGGGCAAUUAUGAUAAACGGUCAUGCAAAACUGGAGUCGACACCGUUGGCAUCGACGGCCACCGCAGUUGCUGGUACAUCUCAACGAAAGAUUCCCAAUCCAGAUUCUGCCAAGAAGCGCCUGUUCAAAAUGAACGAUGACGAAGCGGAACCUGUCUCGUCCAGUGAGGGUUCGGCGGAAAAGAGAAAUCAAUCGACAGAAACCAAUGGACUCCGCAUGAAUUUAUCUCAGACAUUCCAAUCCACCCUUGGAUUCAAUUCACCGCAGAAGCUUUCCGUCCCGAAUGGUUCCCUUUCGAAUUGUAAAUCUCUUAAUCUUUUCUUCAGAAAGUUUUAUGCGCUGGCCGCCGUUCGUAUGAGAGAUUUAUGUAGUAGAUUGAAUUUGACUUUGCCAGACAUCCAAAAGCAAAUAUGGACCAUAUUUGAGCAUUCGAUUGUGCACUGUACGAAGGAACUAAUGUGCGAUCGGCAUCUGGAUCAGAUACUGAUGUGCGCGAUAUACGUACUUGUUCGAGUUCAAAAGUUGAACAAAACAUUUGCCGAUAUCAUGAGAAAUUACCUCAACCAGCCCCAAGCUAACAGUGAUAUGUAUCGUAGUGUUUUCAUAACGCGACGUACGCCGGAGGAAAUGGAAAAGCUUCGACAGCAACAACAUGGGACUAGUGGCAAUGGCGAAGUCGAAGGAAACCGGGUGGCACCGGCUGAAUUGGCCGGUGUUUCCGUGCAGCACGACGGCGAGGAACGCGGUGACCUUAUUAUGUUCUACAACACGGUGUAUGCGGUUGUAAUGAAGGACUUUGCCUUAAAGUUUGGCAAUGUGGAUGAACAUGAUCUUCUGUUGUCACCGCCUCCGAAGACACCUAACCGAAGUGUGUUGCUCUCUCCGAAGCAGAUCGAUGGACGAAUAUCACUGUACGUCACCCCAAUGGAACGGAAGAUUGAUCUGAAGGAUUCGCCCAACUCGUUUACGUUCAAUUUUCAUCGCAGUCCGGCAAAGGAUCUAGAAGAAAUCAAUCGUAUCGUGAGAAGUAGCGGCAUUGGCAGUUGCAAGCGCAGCCUGAGUGAUCCUGACUCGUACGACCCUACCGGUUUGCCCAAAACGCGCAAAUGCACCAAAUGGGACAAACUUAUUUCCGAUCGGCAACAACAGGAGACUAAUAAUAAUGCUAAGUAACUUUUUAACGAUUACGCAAAGUAAGCUGGAUUAUGUUUGCGAUCGCAUUCGGCUUAGAUUACGACGGUAAACGACGUAUAGAAUUGUGGUUUUUUUCAAAUUGACAAGUGUAGAUUCGUUACCUGACAGUGGACGAAGAAUAAGUUCAAUCGUGUAGAACUUUGACCAUUUUAAUUGUAUUUUUUGAAUGUUAUGAAAUUGAAUAAUGCUAAUACGAUUAGGCCUACACUUUUUAAGUAAGAUGCAUUAGAUUCUACUGGAUCAAAAUUAUGUGUACCAUUAUAACGGAUUGAUAAACCUUUCUCGCCUGAUUACACUCGAUGUGAUAAUAGUUUUCCAAAGUUACAAGUUUCAUUGAUCUCAAAAUCGAGUCAUUUUAUUUAAUUAUCGUAAUCUUUUAUUUAUUGAACAGAAAAUAAGACCGAUUUUUUUAGUUAAAUUAUUUUAUUUGAAAACUUGUUUACGAUGUCAGCCAGCACCCAAACAGUACCUUGUGCAUUGCGGAGAGCCCGCAUUGCUGCUGUCGUUGCUGAAAUAUUCUAUGCGGACCAUCAAACAUUUCCCACAUUCGCUCGUGAGAGCCUAUCCUUUGAAAAUUUUUAUUAAUUCAAUAGUACAUCGGGUGUGAUUGGGUUGUAUGUCGAACUGUCAAACAAAAAGAAUAUUUGAUUUCUUCCUAUAAAAAACCAGACCAGUCCCAGUUAUACCUUCGCCAAAUUUCAGCCUUGUGAUCGCGUUUAAAUUUGUUGACUAAACCUAAACCGGAAUGGUUAAAAUUACUGACACUCGUAUGUUUCGCUGUAGAAAUACGAAAACAGAGCCGGGGAAUUCCGGCCAUAAAUUAUCAUAUCCAUAUUUUUCCAGCAAACCCACGAGUGUUUGAAAUUUGAAUCUCACGGUACCGUGCGAGACCCAUAUUCGGUACAUUUGGAAAGUUUUCCUCUCCAGCUCGCGCCAUAUCAAAAUAAUCGUGCAAUAAACUAAUAUCAUUUAGGCAUCGUAAAAGUAUGAUAGCUCAACACAAAAAAAUAUGUUUUUAGAAUCGUGUGAGAUAGAUACUUUCCCAACAUAUAGGGUUGCAUACAGAACACAGCGCUGGCAAACGUGAUGAUUCAAUGAAGCAUGAAGAAAAUGCCCUAAUACUUGCAAACUAAUAAUUGGCACGAAUUCCAAUUUUUUCCGUGUACGUUUUUAUAAUUUUUAUCGAAUAUGGGCAGAAUGUGAUCCGCUCCAAAAUCGGUGACGCGCACGGUAUUUCCUUACAUAUUAUAUUAUUGUUAUUUUCAUUGAUAUUUAAUCGCUUAUAACUAUUAUUUUGGGUCGUUUAACAAACAAUAUUAUUUCAUUUUCAAAACAGAUUUUAAAUCUAUUCACUGGAUUUGUAUUCAAUUGAAUUUUUAUUUGGUAAAUAAUAAACUGAACAAAUAGUUGAUCCAAACAUAAAAAGGAUAAGACUACCCUAUUAUUGCUUAUGGCUUGCUCUAGUUUAGAUUAUUAUAGUAAAAAGCGAUUGAAUACCAAUAUGGUGGCGAGAUGGAAAGUCACAAUAACGUGAACAAAAAUACAUAGAUGCAGUAGAACUGUGCGGCAUUCGUAUAAUAUAUAACGUACCUAUUUACUCACCACAAAAAUGUAUAAAAAUAAGCAAAUAAUCAUGAUUUCGCAACUAA